AUGCACAAGAUCCAGUGGACCCCACUUCUGCAGGACAUUCACUCUGUUGUCAUGGGUACGAAGAGUUAUACUGAGGGAAGCAAAUCAAUAGUGGUUCCCAUGGGCACAGGAAAAAGCCAGCAUUCUUGGCUCAGCCAUUCCAGGUGGCUGAGGUCUCCACAGAUCACAGCGGGAAGCUGGGACCUCCGAAUUAAACCAUCCAAAGGGGCUGGGCUGGACUUCCAGCAGGCUCCGUGUCUCGGGAAGGAUCCUGGGGCAAACAACCACUUGGAGAGCCAAGGGGUGAGAGGUGCAGCUGGCGAUGCUGACAGAGAGCUGCGGGGACCCUCAGGAAAAGCCACAGCUGGCCAGCCACGAGUGACCCUGCUGCCCACACCCAACGGCAGCGGGCUGAGCCAGGAGUUUGAAAGCCACUGGCCAGAGAUCCCAGAGAGGUCCCCGUGUGUAGCUGGCGUCAUCCCUGUCAUCUACUACAGUGUCCUGCUGGGCCUGGGGCUGCCUGUCAGCCUCCUGACCGCAGUGGCCCUGGGCCGCCUUGCCACGAGGACCAGGAAGCCCUCCUACUACUACCUUCUGGCACUCACGGCCUCGGAUAUCAUCAUCCAGGUGGUCAUCGUGUUCGCGGGCUUCCUCCUGCAGGGAGCCUUGCUGGCCCGCCAGGUGCCCCAGGUUGUGGUGCGCAUCGCCAAUAUCCUGGAGUUUGCUGCCAACCACGCCUCAGUCUGGAUCGCCAUCCUGCUCACAGUUGACCGCUACACUGCCCUGUGCCACCCCCUGCACCAUCGGGCUGCCUCGUCCCCAGGCCGGACCCGCCGGGCCAUUGCUGCUGUCCUGAGUGCUGCCCUGUUGACCGGCAUCCCCUUCUACUGGUGGCUGGACGUGUGGAGAGACGCCGACUCACCCAGCACUCUGGACGAGGUCCUCAAGUGGGCUCACUGUCUCACUGUCUAUUUCAUCCCUUGUGGUGUGUUCCUGGUCACCAACUCGGCCAUCAUCCACCGUCUACGGAGGAGGGGCCAGAGUGGGCUGCAGGCCCGGGUGGGCAAGAGCACAGCCAUCCUCUUGGGCAUCACCACACUGUUCACCCUCCUGUGGGCACCCCGGGUCUUUGUCAUGCUCUACCACAUGUAUGUGGCCCCUGUCCACCGGGACUGGAGGGUCCACCUGGCCUUGGAUGUGGCCAACAUGGUGGCCAUGCUCAACACGGCAGUCAACUUUGGCCUCUACUGCUUUGUCAGCAAGACUUUCCGGGCCACUGUCCGACAGGUCAUCCACGAUGCCUACCUGCCCUGCACUUUGGCAACACAGCCAGAGGGCAUGGCGGCAAAGCCUGUGAUAGAGCCUCCGGGACUCCCCAAAGGGGCAGAAGUGUAGAGAAAGGGGCCCAGCUGGGGAGCUCAGGGUGGCUCAUGGCCACAUGUACUGGGGCCUUUGAGGUUGUGCUCAAAAAACGUUUAUCAACACCUUGCUUUCCUUGGGUGGGGGUGAGGCUCCUCGUUUGGGUGUGGCUCCCAGGUAGAGAGGGACAACUUAACCAACUCCCACAUUGCUUCACCAGCAAUCCCUAUUUCCUGGGAAGAUGAAAGGGCACUGCCAGGAACAGGCUAAUAACAUCAGUGCUGUGGGCAUUCCUUUGAGGGGGGCAUUUUGCCUGGCUCAUCAUGAAUGCAGAUAAAUGUUGGUUGAACGGAUGGAAAAAUGGACAGAAGGAUGGAUGGAUGGAUGGAUGGAUGUGAAUUGUCUCCAGCCCACCCCCCUUUCCUGGUGCCUGCCUCUCAUUCCCUGAAUGGAUCACCUCUCCAGCUCCCAGUGGCAAUGCCAAGAGUUUGAAAAGGAAGAUAUCUUCAGGACUUAAAGCAUUUCUUAGGCUGGGGGAAUCAAAGAGGUUGAGCUGAGCAAUGGGAGGGGACUGCUUGGGGGACAAAAGCCCCCAGGGCCAGCCAGGAAGGGGUGAUCUUAAAUCAGAUGUGAGGAGCCCAGGCCCAUAUCUGUCCAGCCACGGGAGACACAGCCCCAUAGGUCUCAAACACGCUGGUUCGAUUCCACAUUACUCCCUGCCCUAAGCCAGAACAGGUUCAUGGGCCCAGAACCAGCACUGGGGCUGUAGUUUUUGUUGUUGCCAAUGAGGAGAAAGAAAAUAGUCUCUUAACCCAGGGUCCUAGGAGAACAGGAAAGGAGGACCUAGCUGGAGAUGACCCUGAGAUUCUGCUGAGCGACCCGAGUCCACACCCCUUGGGGAAAGGUCUUUUCCUCCACCAAUGGGAAGCGGGAGUUGGCAGAGCCGAUCAGGGCCAUGAGGAGCUCUGCUCAGCACCUCCAGCCUCUCCAGGGAACCUCUCCAGGGCCCCUCUCUCGUCUCAGCACCACCAUCCCAGAGAGGCAGCUGGGAGGCAUUAGCAGAUGGAACUCCCACCUGCUCAGGCUGUGGGUAAACACAUUAGCGCUCAGCCAGUACCACUCUCUGCUUCCUGGUCAGGCUGAGCUGACCUUUGUCCUGAAUGGGAGGUUCAGACCUGCCCCCACCCUCUUAGUGGGAUGACAUCAGUGAAAGAGCUGUUUGUGCUCCCAGCACACAGUCAAUGCAGAAUCAGUGCUCCCAGCACACAGUCAAUGCAGAAUCAAUGCAUGACUUUCCACUUUGCCUCUCUGCUUCUCCCCAGAGCAGGGAUGUCCAGAUGGGGAGGUUCAGCUAACCCAGAAAGAGGAUAAUGUGGGUCUCCAAUGUGUUAGCCAUGAUUCUUAACUCCAAAAAGCUCUGAAAACCAAAACAUGUUUCCAAACUUUGCCACAAACACAUUUAGUGGCACAAUGUGACCUGAACUGAUGUGAGGUGAUUUUUGGUCCUGAUGUUGUCCUGUGAUUGUGAAUCCUGCCAGCCGCACCCGGGACUGCUAGUGGAGUGAUCAUGCACUGCUGUCCACACCCCACAGAUUGUGAUCGAACACACACCACUAGAUCCACACAGCACCUUCCUCUGCUCUGACGUAUUCUGAAUUCCAAGACACAUGUGGUGCCGAAUUCAGAGAAAGGAUUGAGGACCUGUAAACCCAACAUUUCUGCUCCAGGAUGGUCUACACUGACCCUGAGCAGUUGUUGAGGAUGGAGGACCCCCCGCUGCCCGCACCUCCAUGUGCACACAUAGAUGUGUCCCCAGGCAGGGGACAAUGUCGGCCCCAGCCCAGCCUGAGCCUGCCCUACAGAAGCGGACACGAGAAGAAAGCACAAAGUUCCAUGGAUGAAGAACUAAAUAGAACAACCUGCAGGGACCCUGCAGGAGAGAACCCAGUAUCAGGGAAGAGCGUCUGUGUCUCCAUGGGUGGCAACAGCAGCUGGGUCUAGGCCAGAGACAGGAUGCCUUCCUCAGCUGUCUUGGGGGGCUGUCUUCCAGGAGGCCACCUGCAAGAUUGGCUCACCUGUCUCUGAGCACCAGUGAAACCAGGAACUUCCAGAAACUGUUGGGGAGGCUCUUUCAAGACACAGUUUUGUUUUGUUUUGUUGACAUGAAGUCUCACUCUGUCACCCAGUCGCUCAGGCUGGAGUGCAGUGGCGUGAUCUCAGCUCACUGCAACCUCCGCCUCCCGGGUUCAAGUGAUUCUCCUGCCUCAGCCUCCCGAGUAGCUGGGACUACAGGCGCCCACCACCACAUCCAGCUAAUUUUUGUAUUUUUAGUAGAGACGGGGUUCCACCACGUUGGCCAGGCUGGUUGAGACAAUUUUGCAUUGAGCCACUAUAACCCUGGUGUUAAUAUUUCUAUAACUUCACUUAUACCAACAGGCUAGGGCAAUAUCCGUGUUUUCAAACACCCCUGCAUCCGGAGUGUUGUGACUGUUUUACAAACUUAGGAAAUUGAGGCAUAGAGAGAUUAAAUGGUAUGCCUCUAGCCCAGAGCUGCUCAAGAGCAACGCUGAGACUCAAACCCAAGUCUGCUGGUUCCUGGUCCAUUGUCUGUUCCACCCCACACCUUGCAGGUGCUCUCAGAUGUAGAAGAUUAGAGGCAGAUCACUCUCGGGGAUCUUUUGCAUUGCUUAGAACUUUCUAGUGCUGGGCUUAUCAGAUUUGAGAAUCAGUAUCACAUUUUCCUAAUAAAAUGCAUUAGGUGAUCAGGCACAGUGGCUCACGCCUGUAAUCUCAACACUUUGGGAGGCAGAGGUGGGCGGAUCACUCGAGGUCAG